GAGGGAAGAUCAGACGAGAACUGGAGGAGCGGGGAGGGAAGGAAGCAAGUCAUGAGGAAACGAAAAUCUCGCGAGACGUUGUCUCAGGCAACCACUUCCCGCGAGAAGAACAAAUCAGAAGAGAAAGGUGCGAGCGCCCGCAAUGGCGUUCAUCUCCGGGGAGCUUUUUUCCUCAGGCAGAAUAUUGGAAGGGCCAUUGUAAUCAUGCGCCGGAGUUCCACGCUCGGAAUGAACAAUCCAGCUAAUAAUUCUUCCUCGUGAUGAGUACCGCGAGAACCAAGAUUCAGAUUGUUUCUCGCGAGAAUCAACGGAAAAAUGCGAGAGUUUCAGUCAUGGUGUUUUCCGGGUAUCUUUUUAUUUCUGCUUAUUGCAGAAAUUUGAGUUUUGGAAAAUUACAUCAUGUGAGAAACUGUCCGCGGUUCAACCUGGCUAAAUCCUGCAAGUUUCAUCAGCCUUCCACUGAAGGGGCAAGACAGAAAGGAAACUUAGCAUGUAGAGAAAAUUCCCGCGAGAUUUCGUUGAAGCAACUACGAAAUGCCGAGACUUGCGUGCCCGAGACAAUCGUUGAAGGGGCGGGGCGGCGGGGCUAAAUCUCGCGAGAGCUAGUGACGGCUUGCGGAAGUGUGUAGCGUUCGUUUAACCUGUAGCGAGAUUUCGCAGGCGUUUUGCUUUGACGGGGUUCGAAGAAAGCGACCGUGGCUAGGCCGUGUAGAGGUGUCUCGGGGAAACCCCCUCGAAAAUUAGGAUUUUUCCCCCUCUUCUCGCAUAACUUCGCGGGCGCUCGGCGGAAUUCUCGCUAAAGCUUGAGCAAGGAAGAAACGAGAAAGACUUGUUUCCAAACAGACCGGCUUACCGCUGACGCCCUCUAGCGGUGGAGGAUUGUUUUCUCGCUCUCGCGCCCCCCUCCUUUGCAGUGCGCAGGCGUGUUACGGAGCGCGUGGAGAAGUUUUUUCCUCCGCGGCGUGAACGUGCGAAGCUGUCUGGAAAGUUCUUUUAGCUAGGGGAAUUAUCAAGAUAUCCCCAAGGCUGUGGGCGAAGAGCUGAAAGUCUGCCAAAUAAAUAAAAAAUAAACCUUGGAAGAAGACAGAGUCAGGCCACUCAUCCUGUUGGUGCUAAAAAAUUUUUUUUGCAUGUUUAGGAAGGCGCCAGGAAUUGUUUUCAUUUAAAUAAAGAACUUUAUCAAGUUAUUUGAGAUUAAACGAUAGCUUUGGAAAUACCAGGCACGAAUUGCAAGUUUUUUAAAAGGACAGUUUUACAGCAUGUUUCAAAUCUCUGAGGAUUUUUUUUUUUUAAAUUAGUCCAACUUAACCGAUAAAAUGUUUUUCUGUAAUCCACAAUUAUAAUUCCGAACAUGUUGUAAUUUUAUCAGUUACAAUAUAAGGUCUACUGAAGUAACAGAUGGGAGGAAACUCCUCUUUUUUUAGUUAACGUAAGUUGUAGGUACUUGGAAGCAGUGGUGGGAUUCAAGUAAUUUAACAACCGGUUCUCUACCCUAAUGAUUUCUUCCAACAACCAGUUUGCCAGACUGCUCAGAAAAUUAACAACCGGUUCUCCCGAAGUGGUGCGAACUGGCUGAAUCCCACCACUGCUUGGAAGCUAUUAUUUCUGGUAGUAAAAACGCAUCCCUAACGUGUUGUUUGACCAAUCUAGUUUUGUAGCUUUUUGAAAUGGAAAAAAAACUUGUUUAACCAGAUUUAUCAAGUGCCAUACAGUAAUCUUAGCUUUUGCAUUAUCUUUCAUUAACUUCGACAAAUAUUACUUGCAAUUUGCAGGUGUUUUCCCUCCAAACAUAUUUUACUGUUUAAUGUAAUCAUGAAAGAUGUCCAACACAAAUUGAUGUUAAAUACUUACAGCCUGCAACAUUCCAAAUAGUAUUGUAACUGGAAAGGGAGCAUUCCAAUAGUAGUAUAGUAACAACUGGAAAGGGAGCGCACCUGAUGUAAAUUAAUUCAAAUUAGGUUUGUGUGCAAACAUGCUUAUAUUAAAUCUGGUUCACAUAUCUGAACCAUAAUAGAUUUUGAGUUAUUAAAUUUAUGGUUUGUAAACCGUAGCAUUAUGACAGUUAAGUUUGUAGCCAAUUAUACUCAGCAAACUCUUGACAUACUUUGUGUAAAUCAUUUAGUAAAUGCAAACCUGAUCUAGGUUCUAGUUUACACAGUACAGUAAUCUAAUAACUAGUUAUGUGUUCGAUCUCACUUGUGUACAUAAAGAACAUUUUCCUUACCUUGGUUCAGUGUUUUACCCUAUUGGAGAAGUUUAGUAACAGCACUAACUGUUCAGGAUAUGAAUUACAUGAACCAGAGUCAAUUGCAUUAUUAUAUUUACAUUUUACAAGAAUGUUUAUUAUGUACUGUGUAAACAUUUUAGAGAAAGAAGAAACUGCAUAUCACACCUGUCCUAGCACAUUAUUGUAAUGAGGUUACCAAAAGUUUUGUUAAGUUUUGUUUAAGAAUCAAGCUAUAUGAUUCAAUUGUUCAACCUGCCUUUGAUGUAAUAACAUAUCUGGUGUUAAUCCAUUGAUUUAUAGAUCAUGGUUCAAGAUUAUGUCAGAGUGUAACAGUUAUUUUGCCUUAGCAUAUAUUGUGUAAACUCAGCAAAUCAUUAUUUAGCAUUUUAGAUUAAUCUAGCCAAAUUGUGGUUUAUUAAAUAAAUCAUAGUUAAAUAUACUUGAAUGUUCUUUGAAUCAGGCCUAACCCUUAUAAUAUUUAGAAGCUGCAAAUAAAAUAUAUCCACUUUCCCUGAUUUCUUGAUAUGCAGGCUAAAAUUCACAUCCAACAUAUUUAUGACCAUGGUGGCUGAGAUGAGGAUUGUAGCACAAAUAGGUGGAGGAUAUCAUUUCAGGGAAAGAAAGCUGAAAUAAAAAUGCUGCAAACAUAGAGCAUACAGAUAUGUUAAAAACAAUAUGUGACUUUGAUAUGUAUGGCUCAUACAAAUUCACGAAUAACUAAAUCUUCUGUAUAGGUAUUUGGAAAAAAAUCUGGCUGACAGAUUUACGUUCUAAGAUGGAUGUUCACAGACUGCUGUCUUGUUUAUGAUAUGUGGAAUCAGUGGCUCUAAAUCGGGUUACCUGUAUGCAGACUUUUUUCAAUAAUACAGUACUUGCAUUUUUCCUAGUGUCACAAGAAUGAAUAAAAAACUUUACUACUUAAUGUCCACAAAUUUGAAUUCCAGUUUUAAGGUGUUUAUGGAUAUCCCUUUUUUCUCUUUCUCUUUUCUCUUUUCCCUUUUUAAUUCAUUAAGAAAAGGGGAUUUUUUAAAAAGCGUAUUCACUAGAGGGCAGCAAAUAUCACUAGAAUUGGGGAACCAGUAGGCAAUAGAUCAGGUAGUAUUGUCCAGGGAUUUUUAAACUUUUCCAGACUGAAACAUUCGUUAUUUUAAAAAGAAACUCUUGGAAACCCUGAUAAAGAAGCAAAGCUCUAGUGAUAGAAAGGUGGCUUUUAUAACUCUUAAUUUCAUGGAACUCUUAGGGUUCCUCAGAACACAGCUGGAAAAUCACUAGGCAAGGCAAGGAGUAGCUUUACUUUUGGAUUUUUUUGAUUAUUGCAAGAAAGGGUUCCCAAUUAAAUAACUAGAUAUCACAUAUAAAUUACGUGUGAUCAUUUUUUGCUUCAAUAAACGACAUAUUCAGUACCAAAUUCAGAAGAUGGCCCUUAAUUUUAAAAAGAUAAGCCCUUUGCAUAUUUUUAGAAUUAAGACUAAAAGACUGAGCAAGAAAAAAAUACUUUUCGAACAAUAUUGAAAACAAGGGAAAGAAAUUACUCAUUUGGCUCUGGCACAUUUAUUCAAGAAGAAUUCAAACAUCAUCAUUACCAAAUUAAUAUGUAACCCUAUGAUUAUUAAAAAAACAACUUACAGCUGAGAUACUUCCAGAAAGAUUUGUGCACUCAUUUUAGAAACAAAAACUUCAAGUACUUAUCUACCAGUGGGAAAUAUUUAGCACUUCAGUUUCCACCUAUCCUUAAUAACUAUUUUUAUAUUCUGUUGGUUCCAUUAGCACAAGCUAAAGUAUAAAUCAUGGUUAACAAACCAUUUUGGCUCUAUUCACAUAACACAUAUCCACAAAGUAUUUCAUUAGAAUAGAAUAGAAUAGAAUAGAAUAGAAUAGAAUAGAAUAGAAUAGAAUAGAAUAGAAUAGAAUAGAAUUUUUAUUGGCCAAGUGUGAUUGGACACACAAGGAAUUUGUCUUGGUGCAUAUGCUCUCAGUGUACAUAAAAGAAAAGAUACGUUCAUCAAGGUACAACAUUUACAACACAAAUGAUGGUCAAUUAACCUUGAUUGUUUUAUUCAUUUGAUAAUGUAGUUUCAGUUUGACUUAACCACUGUAAUUUAUUUAUUAUUUAAAGAAAUGUUAAGUGAAUAGAAAUUUUGAUUCUAGAUCAGUCCAUCCUCUCCAUGUCACUAUUAUUAAAAAGCAUAAAAGUAGGAAAAAUAUUAGAAACCUUCCCUGUAUCUCUGAGCAAUUUAUAUUCUAAAUACUUGAUAAUUCUGUAGUUAAAUAUGUUAUACUAUAUUGCAAAGAGUAUAGUGUAUAAAGUAUAUAUAGUUUAUAAAGAGUAUAACUCUAGUCCAGACCACACAGCUUUUACUGUAACUGCUUGCACAGCAGUUAUUGAUUAAACCAUAAACCCACAUUAGUGAUUAGAAACUAGAAUGGUGAAAACCAGAGACAGGUCAGAAAAAAACUUGACUAUGUUACGGUGUUCUGCUACAUAGUAGAACCAAAUGCAAGACAAGUCCUAUGGUGUGAUUAGGAGUAAAUCCAAACACAUAUCCUUUAGCCAAGUUCCUAUGAUCGUUUGAAGGCUUUCAUUUCCCUCUCUCUCAGGUGCUCCACCCUGGAAGGAUACCCACCCAAACUUCCAUCAGCAGCUUCAACUAAUUUUGGCUAGUUUAUCUCACUGAUUGCUUUGCUGCAGUGAUUACUACCAUGUGGUACCAUCCAGGCAGCCUGUUGCUGUUUUUCUUUUGCUUCAUUGCUUGUGAUUUAUAUUCUCCAGAUCCUGGGCUUCUGUCUCAAGGCAGGAGCCACCUGCAAUGGGUUCAGGAGCUAGCCCGACACCCACGAUAUGGACCUUGUUGGAUGGAGGCCUUGAGACAAUUGGAUGGUGGGUGCAAGGAGUUGAACGAAGAUCAGCAAAGCCGUAUUGCACUGGCAUUUGCUCAUUGCCACCUACAACGGUCUGGGAGGAAGUUCCCACCCUGUGAAAUCGGUAGCUCUAUCCGUGACUGCACACAGCACAUGGAUCCAGUGGCUUUUGGCGUAUACACUGAGUUUUUCACUCAUGCUCAUGCCAUCUGUUAUUUUCUUCACAAUGAGGCUUGGCAGCAGCAGGCCCAAGAUACUGUGCACAGGCUGAUCUCCUCUUCAGAAACGGUGGCCCAUCAGUUGGAAUCUACCAACCAGCUUGCAGAAGAGACUGCUCGGAUCCAAAAUGCCACUUUGCACUCUCAGGAGCAGAUCCUGCGCGAUGGGGAGCUGCUAUGGCAGACGCUCCGUGACUCCUCCCAAGGCAUACACCAGGCCUUCCAAGAACUGCAGAAUUCGGCCAUCGAGCAACGAGUGGCCUUUGCAGAGAUCUUCAAUCGGGUGGCCUUCCUACACCGCUUUGUAGUGGGGGAAUCUAAUGCGCUCUAUUCCGUCUUCUUCCAUCUCAUGAGUGGUGUUACUGCCCUGCUGCUGACCUCUAGCCAGCGAACUGCAAGAGCUCGGCUCAUUUUGCUGACCUUGGUGGGAGCUAAUAUUUAUCUAGAACGUGUUAUUUGCAAUGUUCUCCUGGAUCACUCAGAAGAGGGCUACGACCUGACGGAAAGCAUCUCCUUCUGGGUCGGCCUCACACGCCGGACUUUUGCUGGACUCUGCAUAGCUAUACUAGGUUAUUUUAUUUGGACCUACAAGGAUCCAGCCAAACAGAGCCAAGAAGUGCUGCAGAGUCUGCAGGAGACUCGGAAAGAGAUUCAGCAACUUUUACAAGAAACUGAAAGGCUGUUGUCUAAACCGGAGCUUCUGUUUCAAGACACCAAGCCUAGCACAGAAAGGGAGGUAUCGACUGACAUGGGAGUCUCAAAGCUGCUGUUCUGUUCAGAGAAGAGAGCUAAAAUGGAUGCAAAAGAAUAUUGGGCUGAAUACCAGAGAAUCCCUUCUGUAGCAGAUUGUGAAAACCAAGGCUGGGCUGUAAAGCAGUUGAACUACAAAAACAAUCUGCAAGUAAUCGAUGAGAUACGGACUAGUAGCCCCAGGCAGAGAGGAUGGCCAUCUUCCCAGACUCAUCGUUCAUUGUCUCGUCGGCAUAGGCAAUCCCAAAACGUGGCUGCUCAGCUGCUGACAAUCUCUAUACCAGUGGAUGGGACACCACGGUACAACCUUCGGAGCCGUCAGUCCCUACAAGACCCAGACUCUUUCAGAAGCUGAUAGGACUGAGCCCCAGACGUCUGCAACAAGAGCCAAAGAAGUAUAAAUAACCUCACAGUGCACCGAUACAGCCAAA